UGAUAUACUGGCAUAAGGAAAGCACUAAAUAUAAAUGUACUUUUUAACUUUUAAGCACGAUUUAAGAGUGUUAAGAUUAAAUAUUAUCGAAAAUAAACAAAGUCUAUAAUAUACAUUGAACAUUGAAUAUAAGUAUAAUAUAUAAUAUCUAAUAUUAAAAAUACACUAUAUCAUAAUUAUAUAAUAUUUUAAUGAUAUUGGUAUUCAUUAUAUUGUUAUAAUAAUAUACCUAAUAAUAUAAAGCAAAUACUGCAAAAUUUUCCGUUUUUUAUAUCUACAAAACUAUUUUUAAAGUUUGAUAUUUUUAAUCACAUCAUGGCUAGUGAUAAUGAAGAGGUAUGUGAAAUUAUGUCAAAAGUAAAAAUUAAUGAAGAGGAUGAGGAUUCUAAAGACAAUUCUUCAUCAGACAGCAGUAGUGAAACGAGUGAAGAUUCUAUAGAAAUUGAAGUACCUUUUAAAGUUGGCAUGUGGGAUUUAAAACAGUGUGAUCCAAAACGAUGUACUGGAAGAAAAUUAAUGAGAUUAGAACUAAUUGACAAACUUGGGAUGUCUGCUAAGUUUAAUGGUAUCGUUCUAACACCUGUUGCUACUGAAAGUGUUUCAGCUAAGGACAAUACAAUUAUAGCUAAAUAUGGUGUGGCUGUUGUGGAUUGUUCUUGGGCACGACUUAAUGACACUCCAUUUCACAAGUUGCAGCACAGAAAAGCAAAAAAAAACUUGCGAUUAUUGCCAUAUCUUGUUGCUGCUAAUCCAGUUAAUUAUGGACACCCUAGUAAGCUUUCAUGUGUAGAAGCUUUAGCUGCUGCCAUGUACAUUGCUGGUUUCAAGGAAAUUGGUGAUUUAUACAUGUCCAAAUUUAAUUGGGGUCCAACUUUUACACGUCUCAAUCAACAUUUAUUAGAUGGCUAUGCUGACUGCAAAGACGGGAAAGAAAUUGUUGCUUUUCAAAAUCAAUAUUUAAAUCAACUGGAUAAUUACCGACAUGCCAGUAGUAGUGCAGAAUCAAGCAGCGAAUCUAGUGAUAAUGAUAUAUAGAUACAACUGUAGGAAAUCAAUGACUUCAUUAAUAUAAUUUAUACAAUUUGUAUCAUGUCUUUGAAUGUUUUCUGUAAUAAAGACUGAUCAAAAUAG